AUGUUAGCUAAUGCUAAAGCACUUUUAACAGCUAAAGAAGAAGUUUUUAUUAUAGACUGGUGGCUUUCACCUGAGCUUAUGUUAAUUAGAUCAGCAGAUGAAAAAGCAUUCCGACUUGAUAAUAUAUUAGGAAGAAUAGCUGGUGCAGAAGUUCGUGUUCAUGUAAUGCUUUAUAAGGAAAUGCCAUUUGCUUUAGCUUUAAAUAGUUUAUAUACAAAAACAAAAUUAGUUUCUAAAAGUACAAAAGGAUUUAUUAAAGCCUACUGAGUGUUUUAAUUAAAAAAACAUAAAUAGCUCAUUUACUUGAAUAUCUAAGGUUAUUCGACAUCCAGGUCAUAAUACUAAGGAUUGCGUACUUUUGUGGUGUCAUCAUGAGAGAAAGGUUGUUAUCCACCAAAAAAUUCCUUUCAUUGGUACAAUUGAUUUAUGCUAUGGUCAUUGGAAUGAUGAAUUUAUGCGAUGAGUUACUAUCUUGUAUUAGAUUUCAUAUUGUUUUCACGUACAUCAUGCAUUGAUUUCUACCAAGAAAAAAACAAGCAUAUGUAAUACAAUAUCUGUUCCAACACUGAUUGCAUUAGUAUGAGUAUUUACUAUAGCACUAAUUAAAUUGACAUCAACAUUCUUUACAAAAUUCAAAAACUAACUCUAUCAAAACUAUGCUUUUUUUUGUAUCAUGCCAUUUCAAUCCUUGAUUAACGCUGAUACUUGUGUGCACUAACUAUUGCAGUUGCACAAUCCUGAAUGUAUCCUUGAGAGUGGAUGCUUUUACUUCAUAAAUUAUAAAACUAUUUUCCUA